AUGAUUUUUGCUUUAAUCCCACUGUUGACGGUUUUCUUUUGUAGUUUUUGUGCUGCUCAAUCGAGUAACUAUGCACCAUUUGCCAUUGCAUUGCCAGCGUUCUCGAAGGAGUGUCUAUACCACGAUUUGCUCGAUGCCAACGAUGCAUUGGUGGUAAGCUACCAGGUGUUGACCGGGGGAAACUUCGAAAUCGACUUUGAUAUUACUGCUCCAGAUGGAUCGACCAUUGUUACCGAAAAGCAGAAGAAGUACUCUGACUUUUUGUUGAGAUCGUUUGGUAUUGGUCAGUACAAGUUCUGUUUCACUAACACCCACGGAACAGCACUAAAAAAAGUGGAGGUGACGCUAGAGAUGGCCAAGAACGAGAUGAGCGACGACCAGACGGAGAAACCGGAAGAUUUGAUAACGAACAAUGCGAUCGAAGAAAUUGACAGAAACUUGAAUAAGAUCACCAAGAUGAUGAACUACUUGAGAGCCAGAGAGUGGAGAAACAUGUACACCGUGCAGUCCACAGAAUCCCGUAUCGUGUGGCUGUCGAUCUUGACCAUGGGUAUCAUGGCGGGGAUCAGCAUCUUGCAAGCGACGAUUGUCCAUUUCAUGUUCAAGGACCGUCAAAGAAACUACGUUUAG